AUGUUUAGGUCUAUUAAAACCACCCUGAUCGAUACAUUUGAUGAUCGGUAUGCCGCUGUUAUCGAGGCUGAUGUUGUUACAGCUACUGCAACCGUUGCCGCUGCUAGACCACAGGGAGGUGGCUCGUUGUUGUUCUGGGAAUUCAGCAACACGAAGCCACGAGAUUUUGAUGGGAUUCAAGAUCUAAUUGCUGCUAUGAGAUGGAUCUCCGACAUCAAGGGAUCAGCUGUUGCUCAGCCACGAUUUGAUGUAUUUGGAAAUGAAAUUUCUUCCAGAAAGAUUGGAAUCUUCCCACUUACAUCAAGAGAACCCGCUAAGCCUUCAACUAAGAACCAUGUUGCGGGAACGUUAGAGACAAAACCAAUUUUAGCGGUUACUAAAGAGAUAAUGAGAUCGUGGUUGAUAGAAAAAGUUUUACCCGCUAUAAAAGCUAAAUGGCCACCAAACCAUACGGGUCCAAUAUUCAUUCAACAAGAUAAUGCAAAGCCUCAUAUUGAUGUUAAUGAUAGUGAGUUUAUUGAAGCAUCGUCUCAAGAUGGAUUUGAUAUUCGUCUUUGCUUUCAAUCCCCAAAUAGUCCAGAUUUAAAUGUGUUAGAUCGUGGAUUUUUUUGGGCGAUUCAAUCACUUCAAGAGCAAGAGGUUCUUCAUAUGGUUGAUGAAUUAGUUUCUGCAGUGCAAACCUCAUUUGACAAGAUGCAAUCUCAAGAGCUUAACAAUGUUUUCUUAACUUUGCAAACAUGCAUGAAAGAAAUCUUAAAAGUUCAUGGUGGCAAUAACUAUCGAAUACCACGUAUCGGUAAGAGUAGGUUGGAACGACAAGGUAAUUUGCCAUUACAAAUUGAGUGUGAAAAAAGUCUCAUAGAUGAAGCAGCUUCGUAUUUGAUCUGA